AUGGUAAACACCACCUCUUGCUCGUCAGUCAAACCAAAGCACCACCAUGGCACCAUCCACAAAAAUACUACUACUAAAAAAGUGCUAUUGCUCAAUGAUAAUGCCAACCCAAACCACCUCCUAACCAAGUCAUUGAACCACCCACCACCCUGGACGAUCCCUCCUUUGCUAUCGUGCGCCAUCUCCCUUAUCCCUCUAAUCUUCCACCACCACCACAACCACAAGAAAACCCACUUUUCCCUUUUCCCUCUUGUACUCCCUCCCCACUCUCCACCAUCAAAACCCCUCAUUUGUGAACUUGCGCCGAUUUUCUUACCUUCACAACGAAAACCCUUAAUCUACACCAGCACCCAUGUCCACACCACCCAACAACGGAUCGCCCUCACCUCCGCCAGAUCUAACCCCCUCCAAGCCACAGCACUACAAGCUCUCCCCGCACCGCCAACGCAACCAUCCACCAAUCCACGGCGUCUGCCACCACCAUGUUGGACCCCAGAUGAAACAGUGGCCUUAAUCGACGCUUACCGUGACAAAUGGUACACGCUCCGCCGCGGUAAUCUCAAAGCAAAUCACUGGCAAGAAGUUGCUGAUGCUGUAGCUCGCCGUUGCCCAGCUGCCUCACCGCCAAAAACCGCUGUGCAGUGCCGCCACAAGAUGGAAAAGCUUCGGAAACGGUACCGGACCGAGAUCCAGAGGGCCCGAUCCAUGCCGGUCUCGAGGUUUUCGUCUUCUUGGGUCCAUUUCAAGAGAAUGGAUGCAAUGGAAAAAGGGCCUCAAGCUAAGGCUGAUUACAAUUCUGAGAGCGAAGGUGAUGAUAAUGACGAUGAUAACGAGGAGGAUGGUGAUAUUCAUGGAUCUUAUUUAGAUAAUUAUAGGAAUGCUAAUAAUGUUAUGAAUACGCGAAGCAUUCAAAAGCUUUACAGGAAUGGGAUUGGGAAUCCAGGUAGCAGUGGUGGUAAUAAUGGAUUAAGUGGUGGAAAUUCUAGUUUGGGUUCGGGUAAUGCCGGUGGGUUUCGAAUUAGAAUACCUACCGGCGUUAGUAUUGCACAGCCGGGACCAAAAUUUUAUGCAAAAGCGGAGCAGAAGUAUGGUGGAAGUCCUAAUAUGGGUGUUAAUGCGAGCCCAAACCCAAACCUGAAGCCUAAUUAUGGAGGUGGGGUAGGGGGUAGUAGUAGAGCUGUGCGGGGGGUAUUGGGAGAUGGGUUUGUUAGAAUGGAGCAAAUGAAGAUGGAAAUGGCUAGAGAGAUGGAGACAAUGAGAAUGGAAAUGGAGAUGAAGCGGACAGAGAUGAUUCUCGAGUCGCAGCAGAGGAUUGUUGAGGCUUUCGCAAAAGCAUUAUCGGAGAAGAAGAAAAGGCCUAAGAGAAUGCCCUCACCCGAAGAUUCGACCCUUGUUGGAAUAGGAAUGACGUUGGUUCAUAACUCGUCUAGUUACUGCCUUUGCUUGCGAAUUGGAUGUCUUCAUUUUAAGCACUUCUUAGCAGACAUCUUUGUGCACGCAUUUCUAGUUGAUGGGUGGAACUUGGAAGGUAGAGAUAUGCGAAAGGCGUUAUAUCUUGAAGCUAGUGUAGUUUGCGAAUGUUUCCCUGGACUUGUUUACCUUGUUAAGGAGUGUGGCUAG